UCCAUCUGCCCAGUCCUUGAGGGCCACCAAGUGAGACAUACCGUCUUGGUGGGGAGUGGGGGGAAACCACCGAACACCGCAGGGAAACUGGAAAGACAACUAGGAUGGUGGAGACUGUUCUUCUGUGUCUUAGAAGAACAGGUGGUUUCAGCCCUGUCUCUAUUCCAGGGAUUUUCAGGGAGACUCAGGGUCCCUGUGUAUGAGCCCUCCUACCAUCUGAGUUCACUCAUACGGAUAGGAGUCAGGGCGAGGAUCGGGUUGCAAUAGGAGGUGACCUGCUCCAGGCCUAGUUUUUCCGGUUUCCCUACAGUGUUCAGUGGGGAGUUUCCCCCACCGAGACAGUAUGGAAAUAGAACACCCAGGACAGGAGCAUAGCUCCAGCACCAACAGAGGCUGGAGGACAACUGACUCCAGCCUACAAGCCACAGGCAAUAUAAACACCAAGUGACCACACCCAGCCAAGGUAGUUAACCCCUCAAGUACAGACAGAACCAACCAGGAGAAAAGCACACAUGCUGCAAAACACGUUUCCCCUGGCAACCAGCAUGCACAGCUAACGUGUCACGGCGUACAACAAACAGACCGAGACACAGCCGUGACCCCAGACCUGCCACCUUUAGAGCCCCCAGAGCUUCCAAUGCCACCACCCCCAGAGCUUCCAAUGCCACCACCGCUCCACCUCUAGAGACCCAAAACUUCCAGUAACACCACCAGUCAACUUCCAGAGCAUCCAAUGACCUCACAGUUCCACCUCUAGUCACCCAGACCUUUCAAUGAAACCACAGCUCUAUCUCCAGAACCACAGGCUUUGAUUCAAAGUCAGAAAAUAAAAACAGCACCAGAUAGGUUCAUGCACUCAAUACACCAAAACGAUCUUUUGUCCAGUCCCUAUACGACAAGAGGACUUUUGAGAUGAUUCUGCAUACAUCACGAUAUCUACAUCAAAUUUUUAACUACAAGUCUCACUGGAUCAAUCAGAUUUGUCUCUCAUUCACAGACUUAAUGACGCGAACAGAAUAUCAGCGCGGAGUUCACACCCCUCCACUGGGCAAGUCAGCUGUCAGUAUCACAAUGCCCGGCAUGGCCACGCAAGCUGAAGGCUAUGACACGGACAAAGGAUGUGGCCAAGAACCUAACGGCAGGUGUUCUGGACUGGGACAGCCCAUCAAGCCUAAGCAAGUCCUGGCAUACCUUCCGCGACCCCCCACAGACACGAGUCGGUACCGGAGCUUUCCACAGAAGGUGAGAAUCCUAAUGUAUCCCAAGCAACCUCUAAAAUUUUAUAUCAGGUUAACAAAAUGAUAAUCUCUUUCUGCAGCCAGAAUGUGUAGUGGUAUCGACAUGUGCGGCAGAGCCGAAGCCAGCCCCUCAUCCAACACCAACUCAUCCUCCGUUGCCACUUCCAGACAUAAUGCCUCGCAGCGCGUACAAACGUCACAUGAGCACUGCAGACAUAGGAUAUGCCUACCCAGGACGGCCACGUCAAAGUGUGUGCAUUUCCGCUGACCAUCCAAAGUACCGCCGGUCUUCUCUGAAAGAUGGUGGAGCUGGCAGUAGUCGCUGGUACCCCCGUCACGCUAUCAGUGUGCCCGAUAUCACUCAUGGACCUCGAUACAUGAGUACGCCACCACGUGGUUUGUUUUCUGCACCCAUAACUGGACCUGAACGGCCCGCGAAGCAACGGUGUAAGCUGAUGGAAGCAGAAGUCCACCAAGGCAAGACAUCAACCCGGCGAGAACGCCAGAGGUAUGUGGCCAAAGAUGGCAAGUGCCAGGUCAACUUGGGCCGCAUUGAAGAGAAAGGACGCUUCCUCUCGGACAUUUUCACUACUAUCGUCGACCUCAAGUACCGCUGGUUCCUGUUUGUGUUCACGAUGUGCUACAUCGUCACGUGGCUGCUCUUUGCCACAAUCUACUAUUUAGAUGCGUUUUGGCGACUUGAUAUACUCAACCAAAAAAACGAAGAUUGGAGACCUUGCUUUCAGAACGUGGACAGCUUCACAUCAGCGCUCCUCUUCUCCGUUGAAACCCAACGCACCAUUGGCUACGGCUUCCGCAUGGUGACCACCAACUGCCAAGAAGGUGUCUACCUCAUAAUGGCCCAGUCCAUUGUGGGCUCCAUGAUAGACGCCCUAAUGGUGGGAUGCAUGUUCGUUAAGAUUUCUCGACCCAAGAAAAGAGCACAGACGCUGAUCUUCAGCCAGAACUGUGUGAUCUGCCCACGAGAUGAAAGGCUUUGUCUGAUGUUCCGGAUUGGUGACCUCCGAGAUAGCCACAUGGUGGACGCUAAAAUAAGGGCCAAGCUCAUCAAGUCUCGGCAGACGUAUGAAGGGGAAUUUCUCCCGCUGGAGCAGUCGGAGAUCAACCUUGGCUACGAGACGGGGGAGGACCGGCUGUUCUUGGUGGAGCCGCAGGUCAUCUGCCACAUGAUUGAGGACAACAGUCCUUUCUGGGACAUGGGGCCGCAGCAGCUGCUUCGAGAGCAGUUUGAGAUCAUAGUUAUACUGGAAGGAAUCGUGGAGGCUACAGGCAAGUAGAUGACCCCCUUGUGCAUGCCCUUCUCCACCCUAGGGUCAGUGCAUUACAUACUAUCCCUCUGCCACGAGCUUCUUGUUGAGGUACUCCAUCCAGACAAAUCUGUUAACGGGGUUGGCCAAUUUGCAGGGGAUUCUGCUGUCUAAAUCUAUGCAUGUGCCAGACGUGUCCAUUUGCACAGCACCUGCACAGAAUAAAAGCUACCCAGGAGAAGCUGUCGCUUCCAUCUUGCAGCCUAAGGCCUCAUGCACACGACCAUUGUUGU